CGCUAAGCCUCCAGAUGUUGUUUGCUGUAAUAGUUUUGCAAGCUCUUCUUAGCAUUGGCGGCAUCUCCUGCGGUCAUGCAUCACCAGAGCUUGAACCGGCUCUAGUAAUACAACCCUCCGUCCUGGGGGAUAACUUGAGAGGUGGUGCUUCGAGCCCAAUCCCCUGGCUUCAACUUGAAGGCUACGUGAACCUCAUCGCAGACGUCAGCCAAUUUCGUUCUAUCUCCAUUCUCAAAGGGCACAGAGUCAACGUCAAUAUAGUCGGGUAAG